UAUUCAUAACCAGUUAAUGGUAAUUCACGUCAUAAACAAAAUACUUAGCACAUUUAUCUCAGGUUGCAAAUGAGUCCACAUGAAGCUAAAGUAUAUGCAAAAUACAAGAAAUCGGACUAGUGCAUGAACACAGAGGGGCGUUUCUAGGAAAACUGGGAUUCCUCAUUAAUUUCAUCUAUUUAAUUCACUUUCAUUGUGAACGAGAGAUGUGAGGAGUUGAAGGGAGAUUAAGACACCCUGAUUGCUGAGGUAUUUCAGACAUGGAUAAUGGAGAAGAAGAGCUACCCGGGGAUUAGCAGGGCAUUCCUUACCAUACAUGAGUUGUUGAGAAAUGUGUUUUUUGUUUUAGUUUUUACUUUGGCAAAAUGAGUAUUAAACCAGAGCUUUUGAGUAGCAGCCUUUGUGUUUGAGAAAAUAUCCAGCCAGUAUCCAGUAUAUGCCAGAAAAAAAAAAUUCAAGAGUAGAUGAUAUCAUGGUAAGACAUCUUUGUUUUGUUACUGAUAACAUUCCAAUUCUCAAUAUAACCCCUGGUUUCCUUUUAAUCAGUCAGUUUCUCUGUAAUUUCCUCACACUCACAAGGGACAUCGUUCUUCUCUCUGAAGGCACAGUAACCAGAAAAAAAGAUAAAAUAAAUGGACAGCUCAACCAGCUGUGAGGUGUGUUAGAGCAGUGGCAAAUGGCACAAAUAGUCUCUAUGUGGAGGUUGCCAACAAAAGAGAAAGAGAAACAAAGACAAGUCUCUUGUUGCCAAAAUUUGCUUUUUAAAAUUGUCCAUGAGUUUAGUUUCAUUUUGGGUUUGGUUUAAACCAUCAUAAAUGGUGAGAAUGAAGUUAUUAUGUAUCCCACAUUGUGUGUGGAAAAGAUGAACAUUUUGUGAAACAGACAUACGCAAUGUCUGAUUUAAGAGCCUGUUGUGCAAACCGACCAAAUAAAAGCAGCAAGUGGCACAAGUUCCCUACAUUGCCACACCACAAUGGCAGCAAAAAAUGUUAGAAGCUCUUGCAGGGUUUAGUCCAGUCCUCUUCAUUAUUGGCUGGGCAGUUGUAACUUUUCUAAAUCCCAAGUGUCACUGGCAGACCACUUGUUGUUAUCAGUCUUUGAGCUGCCCAGUGAAGUAUGUAUCAUACUAGUACCAGAUUUUUCAUUGAAGACUUCUCUGGUGCUCUCCUAUCUAUGCUUUACUUGAGAUGGCUUUUAGGAAGCAGAACAAGAUGAUAUAAAACCAUUAAUGGCUUCAAACAAAUGGAAGUAUUCUAAAUUUGUCUGUAAUUCUCUGUAGACAACACUGAGGAUGAGGACACCGUCUAUACUCAUGACUUCAUUUUCUACCUCUUCCACACCACCAACCCUCCACCAGAACAUGAAAAUCAGCUCCUCUGAACAGCCAAGCCCCUUACUGAACAGCAGCACCUGGCAAUCUCCAGGCAUAGGGAUGUCCUGCUUUACCAUGACAUUUGGGACCAUCUCCAACCUCACCGCUCUGGGCAUCCUGGCAAAGUCCCGUGUACGCUUCCGCCGCCAAUCCAAAGCACCGUUUCUGCUCUUAAUAGUGGCUUUGCUUUUGGCUGACCUGGGAGGUCAUGUGAUCCCAGGCGCCUUCGCUCUGUAUUUGCACAUGGAUCAGAGGUAUAACAUGCAGCCUGAGAAGCCAACCACAUUCUGUCAAAUCUUUGGGGCGAGUAUGGUGUUUUUUGGCCUAUGCCCUUUGCUGUUGGGUUGUGCGAUGGCAAUGGAGCGCUGCGUGGCCAUCACCCAGCCCUUUUAUCACGCUGGUAUGAUCACAGUGACUCAUAUGUGGCGAGUUGUGCUACUUCUCCCCUCUGUUGCACUUGUGCUGGCAAUUCUACCUGUAUUUGCAGUGGGAACUUAUACUACCCAGUUUCCUGGCACAUGGUGUUUCUUGCCUAUCUAUGAUCCACCGUCUACAGCUGACACCAGUCUGGUUCUGGCCUUCUCAUGUCUGGGCCUCACUGCACUCACUCUUUCCCUGCUCUGCAACAUCCUGAGUGGUCUGGCAUUGCUGCAGGCCAGAAUGAGGCCCCGCAAUGUCAAUUCAAAAUCAACAGCUCACUGCACCCGUCGCCCAUCUACCACAUCGACUUCUUCUUUGUUUUGUUCGUUGGAUGUGGAAAUGAUGGUGCAACUGGCAGUGAUCACUGUGGUUUCCUGUGUGUGCUGGAGCCCCUUUCUUAUCCACAUUCUUGUGAUGCAGUUCAACCAAAGCCUCAAAGCCUCAACCAAUGAACAUGAUAAGUUCAUCCUUCUGGGCUUACGUAUGGCCUCCUGGAAUCAGAUCUUGGACCCUUGGGUUUACAUCUUACUGAGGAGAGCAGUGCUUUUCAGAGUUUGCAGUUUCUGCACACAGAAACCCACAGUGACAACAAAUUACUCCUGUGCGGACAUACGCAGGCGGACCAUCAGUCUGCAUUGAUCUUGUUGCUCUUGGACUUUUUUCUUUUUACUUUUUGAAAUAAUUGAUUUCUUUCAUGUGUCUUGUAAAAAAAAUGUAAGAAUGUAAUCUUCACUGUGUUGUUUUCAACCGACUUUACUACUCCAUAUUCAGCUAAACAACAGUAUACGAAACAACAGUAUGAGUAAAGCAUGGAAACGGACUUUGAAAACAUUUCCCAACAUUAAGU